AUGUCUCUUACAUUCUUCUCCAGGCUCAUCAACAACUUCUCUCCAAACUCCAUUAUCUGUGUAGGUGGAUUCGGUCCGAUAUACAAGGCUGAGCUCUCCAAUGGCUCUACUGUGGCUUUGAAAUAUUUGGACUCAAAUGCAUUUGGAGGGUUCUCGUAUAUUCAUGCUGAAAUAAAAACAAUAGGGAAGCUCCGCCAUCCCAAUCUUGUCAAGCUUCUAGGACGUUGCAUGUCCAGUUCCGGCAGGUUUCUUGUUUAUGAGUUCAUCGAGAAUGGUAGUCUCCACGAGUGGCUGCAUGGACAGCGGGGAGUCCGAGAUCCGAUGGCAUUGCCUUGGGAAACAAGAAUGAAGAUUGUGAAGGGUGUUGCUGAUGCUCUUAAAUAUUUGCAUGGAUUGGAAAGACCAGUCAUUCACAGGGAUAUAAAGGCCGGCCACGUGUUAUUAGACUCUAAUUUUGAGGCUCAUCUUACUGAUUUCGGGCUGGCUCGAAUGCUGGAACCCUCAGAGACGCACUUGUCAACCUAUAUCAAUGCUGGUUCUUUCUGGUAUAGGCCACCGGAGUAUUUAUUCAGUAAGGCAUCGUGGGCGACAUUGAAAGGCGAUGUAUACAGCUUUGGAGUUUUGAUGUUGGAGAUAGCAUCUGGGAAGCCUCCGAGUUCCAUGGACAUCCAUCCUUCCUUCAGGUUACGGCUUCCUCAAUGUGCCAAGAAGCUUGUUGCCCAAAACAUGCACAUGGAUUUAGUGGAUUCAAGGAUUUUGAGGCAGGAAUUAAACGAAGCUAGUGUUAUAGAGUAUUUUAGGAUUGCUCUUAGUUGUCUCAAGAAAGACCCCAAGAAAAGACCUGAAAUGAGUGAGGUUGUACAAAUGUUGAAUGAACUUCCCAUGUGA